UCGAGGCUCCGGCCCCCAGGCGCAGCAUGGAGGCCGCCCCGGGGCGGCUCGGGCCGGGACCGGACCUUCCGGCCGCAGCCGACCAUCAGGCCGCGAUUUUCAGCGGCAAGCCGGUCCCGACGCCCCCUCAGCCGCCCUCAGCCGUGUGGGCGUCCGGGGAGGAAGAGUCUAAGAACGCCGGGGUCGAGAGCCGUCACCCACGAGCGUCCCCGAGGGCGCCGAGCGGCAGCCUCGUCCACCGGCCGGAGCUGGACGCCCGGGAGGAGCGGCCGGGCAUCCGGGCGGCGCGGUCAGGGCCCGCGGGCGCCGAGCACGCCCCGUCCCCGUCCUCCCGGCACCAGGAGCCCGAGCCCGGCGAGAAGCGGCCUUCCGCCCCGAGGGUCUGCCGUCGAGGGAGCCCCGGAGGCGUCGAGAUGAAUGCGGAGCCGCCGCUGCAAGAGAGCCAAGACCACGAGGAAGAGGAGGAGGCGGCGGCCAGGGCUGGCCGCUCGCUCCCCAGCCGCCUGCAGGACAGCCGCAGCCUGGACGGGCUGAGCGGGGCGUGCGGCGGAGGGGCAUCCUCAGCGAGCGGCGAGGCUGGCGCGGGCGGGGGACGUCGCGCCACCAUCUCCAGCCCCCUAGAGCUCGAGGGCACGGUGAGCCGCCACGGCGACCUCACUCACUUCGUCGCCAACAACCUGCAACUCAAGAUCCGGCUGAGUGGCGCCCCUCCGCCCCUUCCCCCUUCCUCCGUGCGGCCCGGCCUGACGCCCGCACCCACUCCCACGAUCCCUCCCAUCGACCCGGACGUGCUGAGGGAUCUGGAGCGGCUGAGUCGCGAGCUGGGCGGCCGGGUGGACCGUCUGCUGCGCGGGCUGGGCGGUGCAGUACAGGAGCUGACAGCACUGAGCGUGGGCUGCAUCCAGACCUACCGCGACGCGGUGGAUUCCUUAGGCGAAGCCGUGGACAUGAGCAUCAAGGGCAUGUACACCUUGCUUGCGCGCUGCGAGGAGCUGGAACGGGCUCUGCAGCCGGUUCAGGGGCUGGCACGCCAAGUCCGAGAUAUCCGACGCACUCUGGAGGUGUUGGAGGCUCUAUGCAAGUGAUUAGGAGCAUAGAUGAGAGGCCAUGCCAACCUGGCCCUGCCAGGGUCCAGUAAGACCCUAACGAUUUUUCGAGGAGCCCUGCCUGGUGGAAACUGCCUGCAGAGGAGAGGACUGUGUGUCGAGGUUCUUCCACAAGCGUUUAGGUGGCCUGUGCCCACUCUGAUCAUAAGGAGUGUGAUUGGGGAAGUUGUGAAGGUUUCCUGUGGGAAGGGAUGUAGCUCUGUGGCUACCCUGUUUUUCCUGACUCUCCUCGCUAGCUAGAACGCUGUCCUUGGAAACACAAACCCUUAGGUCUCUUCUGGGGAGUGGGGCAGACCCUCACUUGUGAUGAGAACAGAAGCGGCCACUGCCCGCUGUGGCUGUCCUGAUUCCAAUGAUCAGACCUCAAGUGCCGGGGCCUUUAGGAGCUUGAGUGGGCCAUGGCCACGCACCAUGUAGGCAAGGGCGUACAUGUGCAGACGCAUAACCUCCUGCUUCUUCCCUCUGGUCCCCUAAAAUGCCACGGAGUGGAGCUAACAGGAGCACAUUUCAUGGUGGACGGGGUGAGGUGGGAGGGCUCUCCCUGCUCUCUGUUCAGGUAGAACUGUUGCUGGUUUGGAAGCCCACCUGUUGUGGAGUAUUCUAAUCAGUUUUGGCUUUCUGAGUUUUGUGGAAUUAAAGUGCCGCUGCUGCUAA